AUGAUCAACGCCAUCCUCGUCUUCAACAACCACGGGAAACCGCGGCUCGUCCGCUUCUACCAGCACCUGGCAGAAGAGGUGCAGCAGCAGAUCAUCCGUGACACCUUCCACCUGGUGCUGAAGCGUGAUGACCACAUCUGCAACUUCCUGGAGUGCGGCAGCUUGUUCGGCGGCUCAGACUACAAGCUGAUCUACCGGCACUAUGCCACGCUGUACUUCGUGUUCUGCGUGGACUCCUCGGAGAGUGAGCUGGGCAUCCUGGACCUCAUCCAGGUGUUUGUGGAGACACUGGACAAGUGCUUUGAGAAUGUCUGUGAACUGGACCUCAUCUUCCACAUGGACAAGGUCCACCACAUCCUGCAGGAGAUGGUGAUUGGUGGGAUGGUGCUGGAGACCAACAUGAACGAGAUCGUGGCACAGGUGGAGGCCCAGGGCAAGCUGGAGAAGGCAGAGGUGAAUGGGGCUGGAGGCCUCUCAGCUGCUCCUUCCCGUGCUGUGUCCGCCGUGAAGAACAUCAACCUGCCCGAGAUCCCCCGCAACAUCAACAUCGGGGACAUCAACAUCAAAGUGCCCAACCUGUCACAGUUCAUGUGA